AUGAGGGCUGACAGUUCCAAUACUUCUGGUCUGCAGUCCGCACUACAGCAGCCAUGGUCUUCCAGCACGUCCCAGUUUCAAUUGCAAAGAGCCAUACCUGAAUUUCUUGCGGGCCGAUCCACCUGGCAAUACAUACUAACAUUUCUGAUCGGAGUGAUCGUGUAUGACCAAGUGAUGUACAUGAAGCGAAAGGGCUCAAUUGCUGGACCUGUAUUCAAGAUACCGCUCAUGGGACCGUUUAUUCAAGCUCUCCACCCAAAGUUCGAAUCGUAUCUUGCACAGUGGGCGAGUGGUCCUCUCUCCUGUGUAUCAAUCUUUCACAAAUUUGUCGUUUUGGCCUCCGAUCGUGACAUAGCCCACAAGGUGUUCAAAUCCCCUGCGUAUGCCGAGCCAUGCCUAGUGCCCGUUGCAAAGGAUAUCUUGGGCCACAAGGCCUGGGUCUUCCUUCAAGGGAGAGCGCACGCCGAGUACCGCAGGGGAUUGACUCCGCUGUUUACCAACAAUGCCAUGGCCACAUAUUUCCCUGUCCAAGAACGGGUGUUCGCCGACUACUUUGACAAGUUCGUUACUGCUAGCAAGAAGAAUCAAGAGAGACCGAUGGCUUUCAUGGGCCUGUUCCGGGAGAUCAAUUGUGCGCUUUCAUGCCGCACUUUCUUUGGCGAUUACAUAUCGCAGGAUGCAGUCAAGAAAAUUGCCGAUGACUUCUAUCUUGCAACUGCUGCUCUUGAGCUGGUCAAUAUCCCAUUUUCGAUUCAUAUUCCAUUCACCAAGCCAUGGCUAGGGAAGAGGACUGCGCGGGCAAUUCAUGCUGAGUUUGCCAAUUGCGCGGCAGCAUCGAAAGCAAAUAUGGAGAAGGGCGAAACGCCUACUUGUAUUGUAGACAUGUGGGUGGUCCACAUGCUGGAGUCUGAGCGAUACCGCGAGAGGGUUGCGGCGGGUGAAACUGGCAUGGAAAAGCCGACUAAUAUGAUCCGCGACUUCACCAACAAAGAGAUCAGUGAGACACUGUUCACCUUUCUCUUUGCCUCUCAAGAUGCGUCCAGCAGUGCCACAACCUGGCUCUUUCAGAUCCUCGCCCAGCGGCCAGAUGUGCUUGCCCGCUUGCGCGAAGAGAACUUGGCUGCGCGAGGGGGUGAUAGGAACAGGCCUUUCGAUUUACCCAUGCUAGAGUCGCUCACCUACACCAACGCGGUCAUUAAAGAACUCCUCCGCCACCGACCACCUGUGAUUUUCGUUCCAUAUCUGGCAACACAAGACUUCCCUGUCACAUCCGACUACACUGUUCCUAAAGGUUCCAUGAUCAUCCCUUCAUGCUAUCCUGCUUUACACGAUCCAGAUGCGUAUCCGGACCCAAAUGUGUUCAAUCCGGACCGUUGGAUCUCCGGUGAUGCUGAGUCUAAGACCAAGAACUGGCUCGUUUUUGGAGCUGGGCCCCACGACUGUCUCGCACGAAGAUAUGUGCCACUGUCCAUGGCGGCAAUGAUUGGAAAAGCGGCGCUGCAGCUCGAUUGGACUCACCAUGCUACAGAGAGAUCGGAGGAGAUAAGGGACGGUUGCCAGCUGGUGUUCAAGAAACGUCUGUAG